GUCCCUUCAUCGACAGCAUCGCCGGGGUCCCAGAGGAGUUUCGCCAUGUGGUGUGGACCCUCGGCAUGAGGAGACUAGCUGUGCUGGUGGGACGGGCGCUGAGAUUCGGAGAGUCUGUCCUGCUGGUGGGAGACACCGGAUGUGGAAAGACAACUAUCUGCCAGCUGUUUGCUGCUCUGUCUGCACAGAAGUUCUUCUCUGUCAACUGUCACCUCCACAUGGAGACAUCGGACUUCCUGGGAGGCCUGCGACCCGUCAGACAUCAGACUGAUGGGGAGGACUACAGGCUGUUCCAGUGGAAUGAUGGGCCCCUGGUGCUGGCCAUGAAGGAGGGGGGGGUGUUCCUCAUGGAUGAGAUCUCCCUGGCAGACGACUCAGUGCUGGAGAGACUCAACAGUGUCUUAGAGACAGAGAAGUCCCUGGUGCUGGCGGAAAAGGGCAGCGGAGACAAUGAUGACGUGGAGCUGAUCAGAGCAGCUGCAGCUUUCCGUCUGGUGGCCACCAUGAAUCCUGGAGGAGACUUUGGCAAGAAGGAGCUCUCUCCUGCCCUAAGGAACCGUUUCACAGAGAUCUGGUGUCCUCAAAGCAACAGCCGCAGUGACCUGAUUCAGAUCAUCCAGCACAACCUGCGCUCAGGCCUCUCCAUCGACGGCGGCGAUAUCGCGGAGCUGAUGCUGGACUUCAUCGAGUGGCUGACUCAGCAGGACUUCGGCCGGCGCUGCAUCCUGAGUGUCAGAGACAUCCUGUCCUGGGUGUACUUCCUGAACGUUGUGUGUGAGCGGGACGAGGACGGCUUCAUGACCAUGGGAGCCCUGGAAGAGGAAGAGGAGACAGAGUGGGACCUCAGACUGGACACCGUGACCGCCUUCAUCCACGCAGCAUGUCUGGUGUACAUCGACGGCAUUGGCUCUGGAACCACGGUGUCCUCUGCAGACAACGCCUUCCUGGCUCGCCGAAUGUGCCUGGGCUUCCUGCAGCAGCGGCUGAGCAGCAUGACCAAACUGGACCAGGAGGUGCUGGACGCCCUGAGGGUGUACGACAGCGGCCUGCCGCGGCAACCCCAGUGGGGGGAAGACUUCUUUGGCAUCGACCCCUUCUACAUUGCUUUAGGCCCUCAGACGGAGAGCCGGGACCUGCCGGACUACGCCAUGGCAGCUGGCACCACGGCGGUGAACGCUCAGAGGCUCCUGCGGGCUCUGAAGCUGCAGAGGCCCGUGCUGCUGGAGGGCUCCCCCGGAGUGGGGAAGACCAGCCUGGUGGCAGCGCUGGCUAAAGCCUCAGGGAACCAUCUGGUCAGAAUCAACCUGUCGGAGCAGACGGAUGUUACAGAUUUGUUUGGGACAGAUCUCCCUGUGGAGGGAGGAAAGGGGGGAGAGUUUGCGUGGCGCGAUGGCCCCCUGCUGGCUGCUCUGAAGGCUGGACACUGGGUGGUCCUGGACGAGCUGAACCUGGCCUCCCAGUCGGUGUUGGAGGGUCUGAACGCCUGCUUCGACCACCGAGCAGAGAUCUACAUCCCUGAGCUGGGCAUGAGCUUCCAGGUUCAGCCGGAGAAGACCAAGAUCUUCGGCUGCCAGAACCCCUUCACUCAGGGGGGGGGGCGGAAGGGGCUGCCCAAGUCCUUCCUCAACAGAUUCACCCAGGUGUUUGUGGACCAACUCACAAGCAAAGACAUGGAGUUCAUCGGAGACUCCAUCUUCACCAGCAUCGAUAAGGAGAUCAUAGCUAAGAUGGUGGAGUUCAGUAACAGGCUGGUCCAGGAGGUGUGUGUGGAGCGGCGCUGGGGUCAGAAGGGAAGUCCCUGGGAGUUCAACCUGCGCGACUUGUUCCGCUGGUGUGAGCUGAUGCAGGCCGACCAGUCUCCAGGGUUCUUCAACCCCGGGCAGCAUGUAGCCCUGGUGUUUGCUGACAGGAUGAGAGCGGAGGCUGACAAGGCUCAG